CAUAGAACAUUCUCGGAACAGAGGUGAGCCACAUGUAGUCCAGAAAGUUGGUGGAUUCAUGCCAGAAACACAGUGAGUUGGGUUGAAAACUGUCAGGAACUAGGGCAGAAUUUCAGUGGAAUUAUACAUGUACCAGAAACUGAGUAGAAUGUGGACAAAAACUGAACAGCAGUUGGUAAGAAACUGAGAAGAAAUGUUAGGUCAGAAACUGAGAAGAAUUAGAUAUGUUGGAGCAAGUUAUGAGUAAAAUUGGGCAAGCUGAAUGGUAUUGGGCCAAAAAAUUGAGUGACUUGGGCCCUAACUGGCAAGUGAGUGGAUGGAAUUAGACAAGAAACUGAAUUGACUCACUGGAGGAAUAAAGUCAGAAUCUGACAGGAAUAUGAUACUGGAAUUCUAUAUGUCAUCGAGUUUCACUGCAGAUGACACUUAAUAAGAGUCAACCGAAGACAGCUGCAGUUGGAAGUGGAUCUACACAGUCGUGACUGCUAUAACAAUGCAGGAUUCCAAUACAUCGCCAGGAACUGUCAGGCAUUGCCAAGGGGGAAAGGCAGGCAUUGCCAAACAGCCCUCCAAUCUAUCAACAUCGGAUGAGUUACCUCGUAAGCCAGGGCAAAUCUACACAGUUGGGAUUUUCAAAACAACAGGAACAAUCAAGGAGAAAGGAUUUUUUUCUAAAUAAACAUAUUUCUAAGUUCUAAGAUUAAGUUCUAGAUAUAUGAAUUCAAGUUCAGAAUGACAUUAUUUGAGGAGAUUUAUCCAGGAGAACCAGUGAAAAGCUGAACAUGUGUGUACUUAUAUGUAGGUGGAAUGACGUUGGAACAGUGGAUAAUUAGACUGGGUUAAAGGACCAUAAGGAUUCUGAUAGAGGUAACAGGUGACAUUAGUGACAACAACCGAUCCAACUAUGAACGACAAUGAAGAGCUAAUCAGUGAAAGUGCUGAAGAAAAGCAACCAAUCACAGCUAAGAAGAAAACGAUUGAAAAUGCUGGAGACGAGCAAACUGGCGGUGAUGCCAUGGCCGUUGGUUGCGAUGGCCAAUCACACGGCUGCACGAUCAGGACAUUCGUCUGUUUUGCCAGCGUGAUGUGGAUUAUUGCAGACUGCGUCGUCGACUGGAUUUUCUAUGUUAAUCUACUGCGCGUUAAGCCAGGAUUAGUGCUCGGUCCCGUUAGUGUCCAUAUUCGGAGCUCCAUGCUGGUGUUCUGUUGCGUGGGGACAGUAGUCAGCACGGCAAGUUUCGUCAACGUGCUGAGUAAAGCGCUGUGCUUCAGAAUCAUGAUAAAACAGCAAAUGUUGUUCCUAGUGAUGGUCUGGUUUAAGAAUUUCCCGCAGAUUGUGAUAAGUAAUGUGAUAGCUGCUUGCCAAGAAGUUGCGGUGACGUAUUAUCAAGUGAUUAAAGCAGUUAUGAUAAUAACGACGAUGCUUGCAGUGGCGUUUAUCAUCGUUAUUUCAUGCUACGUACAAAAUCAGAGGAAGACUGAGGCAAAACCCUGGCGACCCACUUGGGAUCUUGUCGUAAUUUAUUCUGGGGUGUUGUUUAAUUUAGUUUUGGCUUCGUCCGUAUUGUGCAUGGUUCAUAUAUCACCAGUGGACAAAUAUGGAACGAUUAUUACAUUCAAAACACCCAGAGGCGAUUUAGAUAUGAGCAGAUAUUUUUAUGCAAUAGAUAUUUUCUAUCACCAUCCAUCGUUUGAGGAGAAUUGUAAGAACUUUAAUCGAUCGGACAUGAACUACUGGCUUCGCAUCGGGAGUAUAUUUCAGGUUGCUGAAACUGGACUGCACAGUUUAAAAGUUGUUUAUAACUAUAAAAACGAGGCUUUAAGGACAUAUUAUUAUCUUCAUCGAAGACAAUCACCAAUACUAGAGGAGAGGUACUGUUAUAUUCUAGACAAGGUGAAAUGCCUAAUUAUUCCGCAGGAUAAGUGUUCAGGAGACUUCAUCAAGGAUAAACGAACUGCAAUCACAAUGUCAUUCCAGUACAUUUUACCUGCUCCCAGUAUGUUGUUCGGUAACAUUAAAUAUGAUGCUUACACAUACAAUAUAUCAGGGAAAACUGGACCGUACCCAUGCCUUGAAGUCAAACAAAUGUCUCAAAUUCUGGAGUCAAAUGAGACAAAGAUGACAAAUAUAUUCGGAAAGGUUCAUUAUUUUGAGAAUUCCUUUAUCGGAGGAACCAGGCCGCUACCGAUGAAACCUCUUCAAGUGUAUGGAAACGCCACUAAGUUUUAUAAAUAUAACACACUGACUGAUGCAAAGAAAAUCUGGCGAACAGGCGUCGCCAGAUGCCGCACGACUGGAAACCUAGGACCGCAGCCACAAUCAUUUUUGAGCUGUCUACAAUACUAAUUGUAUAGGAUAUCCGGCAAUUUUUGGGAAAAUGCUGCAAAAACACUUCUUUCUAAGACUCCUGGAGCCAUCCUGACUGACAAUGUGACCAGAUAUAUAUAAACAAAUACUUGGGUGUCUUAAAGAACUGGUGAAGGAAUACUUACAGGUGUACAUAAAUAUUAAGA